AUGCCAGCUCUGAAGAAAAUGCUGGUUCUUUUUGUUCUCCUGGCUUUCUUGGGCCUCAUCAAAUGCCAGGAUUUGCCAAGCUAUGACCUGUUGGAAGAGUUCCGCCUGCCGGAGUCCAGAGGAGUGAGGCGGGUGGAGGGAUCGGAACCAGAUGCAGUAGCGUACCGUGUUAACCCCUCCCUUCACCUCAGAAAGAGCAUAAGUGACGCUUACCCAGACGGCCUACCUGCCGAUUAUUCCAUCAUUGCCACCUUCAAAAUAACCAAGGAUGCAGCCAAACAGUCCUGGAACCUGUGGCAGGUCAGCGAUCCUGAGGGCCGGGAGCAGGUAGGACUGCGAUUUCAUGGUGACUCCAGAACUUUAGACUUCUUCUACAGCGGCCCCGGGGGCACGCAGAUGCUGCGCACCUUCCACGGUGUGGAGAAGCUGUUUGACGGAGAGUGGCACAAGCUGGCGCUCAGCGUCAAGGGGGACCAAGCCAGGCUGCUGGUGGACUGUGAGGAGGUCAGUGCUGAGCCGCUGGACGAGCCCAGGCCACUCAUCCGCCGCGGCUACACCUCCAUCGCCAAGAGAGCCGUUGGCGACCGCUCUGUCUCUGUGGACCUGCAGAAGAUGCACGUCUCCUGUGAUGCUGACCAGGCCUACUCUGAAGGCUGCUGUGAGCUUUCCAAUGUGUGUGGAGGAUAUGCUGAGAUCGGUUUGACCGCUGGCAGAGGCAGAGCCACAUGUAAAUGCCAGCACGGGCAACCAGGUCCCCAGGGACGUGCUGGACAGAAGGGUCACAGGGGUCUGGCAGGAAACACAGGAGACGUAGGACGAUUGGGGAACUGGGGACAACGUGGAGACACUGGGGACUAUGGAAACAUAGGAGAGCCUGGUCCUAAGGGGGAAGCCGGGAUCAAAGGAGAGAAGGGAAUGAGAGGGCUGCAUGGCCAGGAGGGUGACAGAGGACCUAAAGGACUGAAAGGUUUACCAGGCGCUGCAGGCCAUAAGGGAGUACGAGGGCCUCCUGGAGAGAGGGGUGAGACCGGAGCGCCAGGAGAGAAGGGUUUGUCAGGAGAUCGGGGAUAUAGGGGGAUUCCUGGAUAUCAAGGAGUGAAGGGAGAGGAGGGCUUCUCCGGAGCUGAAGGACCUCUAGGACCACGGGGCCUGCAGGGCAUUGUGGGAGAUCCUGGUGAGAGAGGAAAGCUUGGAGAGAAAGGAAAGCCGGGAAUUCUAGGUCCAAAGGGACGAGUUGGAGGCAUGGGAGAGAAGGGCAUCGUUGGAGAUCCAGGUUUGCCUGGGAGGGAUGGAGACCCUGGCAUUGAGGCCUAUCAAGGACUGCAAGGGUCUGAUGGUAGAAGUGGAAGGGCUGGCGAGAGGGGCGAGAAAGGUGAUCAGGGGCCUCCGGGGAACAUGGGCCCUCAAGGACGCACUGGCCUGCAAGGUUAUAAGGGGUCCGCUGGAAAGCCAGGAAGACCAGGAUUUAUUGGGCCUCCAGGGAGAACUGGACAUGUUGGAUCACCUGGACGACCGGGCGCAAAGGGAGCCAUGGGUAUUCCAGGAAUUCAAGGCGUAAAAGGGCAGAAGGGAGAAAAUGGACAGAAAGGCCCAAAAGGCAGGGCUGGGGAUAGGGGUAAGCCAGGACCUCAGGGAAGCCAGGGGAAGCGAGGGCCAGCUGGAGAGCAUGGUCGUAAAGGCCGCGUGGGGACUAAAGGAGUAAGAGGAGAUGGAGGACCAGUGGGCUUUCAGGGACCUCCAGGACCACCGGGGCCCACACUCGCUGCCCAGCAUGUUAUCGAGGUCUGCAAGAAGGUGGUGCUGGAACAGAUGUCCACCUUUGCCAACUCGGUGAAGCGUACAUGCGCUGCCGUUUGCCCGCUCUACGGCGAAGUGCCCAUGGGUGCCCCAGGCCCUGCAGGGCCAAAAGGACCACCUGGACCUCCUGGUGAUCCUGGCACUGAUGGUGCUGAUGGAGAACUGGGUCAGCAAGGAUUCUACGGAGAGGCCGGUGAUCCAGGCAGACAAGGAGAGCGAGGUGAUCCAGGAGAGAGAGGAGACAGGGGUCCUAAAGGCUAUGGCUUACCUGGUCACAUUGGAGACCAGGGGAAAAAGGGUCAGAGCGGACGACCUGGCAGGGCAUUUGACGGGCGCCCUGGUCAGAUGGGCGAGAGAGGCCACGUUGGGCGUCCAGGACUGAGGGGUCACCCUGGACUACGUGGGGUUCCUGGAGUUUGUCUGACCUCAGGCUGUGCUUUGCUCAACGCUACUGCCAAAGGAGCACCUCCACAGGCACCCCAGUGGGCACCGGAGCCAGCACCACAACGCUCUUCUCAGCGUGGAUCUCAGCGGGCACCUCAGAGGGCACCCCAGCGACCAUCCCAGAGACCUUCCGAGCGCUCAUUCCAGUGGACAUCCCAGAGACAGAGGACACGCCAAUAAAGGCAGUCAACAAAUAUAGAAAAAGAUCACUUUGUGUGAAUGUUGAUAAGAAAAAUAGCCAGUUAGAGAGAACCAAUAAUGUAAAUAUAUAUAUAUUCAU